CUAGGUAGGUAGGUAAUCACAUAAUAUAUUUAUAUAAAUUAAUUAAAAUAUUUAUUAAUCACGAUUUCGAUUAAUGGAUAUUAUCCACGUUUCUAUAGUCUUUAAGUGAAUAAUAAACAUUAAUAGUAUCAAAUAUACUGAAGUCUGAUAUAGUGAAUAACUACAAACAUUUCAACGUUAAUAUUAAUAUUCAUUGAUUUUUCUAACGAACGAUGAAGAAUAUUUUGCACGUGGAGGUGCUUUUACAAGCCGAUAAAGCUAUUGAAAUUCCUGAAUUGGAAAAAGCCAUCAGACUUGAAUUAAAAAAUAUUGAGCCAAUUGUCCCAGAGUCUAUGCACACUACAUUUGUCACUGAAGGAUUAUCCGAUUUUGUAAAAUGUAUACAAAUUUGUGAAAUAGAAAAUUUACAUGAUAUUGAAAAUGUUGAACGGAUGGUGUUAGAGGCAGGAGUUGAUUCAUUAGAUUUAGAUACAUACCUAAUUAAAAUCUAUUUUUACAAAUUAGAUGAUAGUGGUUUAGUAGAUGAUACCUCAACCGAUGAGUCUACAUGUAAAAUGAGACGUUGUAUACUACCCAAUGUGGAUUUUUGUGGUAUCUGGGAAUCAUUGGUAUUUCAGGAACCGAUUAAAGAAAUUCUUUUACAAUACGCGCAGACAGGGAUGAAUUUUGCGCGUCAUAAUGUUAACACUAAUAUUAUUAGCUAUAAUAGGUUAAUUCUGUUACACGGUCCACCUGGUACUGGCAAGACAUCCAUUUGUAAAGCCCUUGCCCAAAAAUUAUCAAUACGAUUGGGAAAACAGUACAAUUUUUUUGAAUUUAUUGAAAUAAAUAGCCAUAAUUUAUUGUCCAAAUAUUUCUCUGAAAGUGGAUCAUUGGUAAUGUCUAUGUUCCAACAAAUAAAAAAUGUUUUGGAGUAUGGUGAUUCAUUGGUAUUCAUAUUAAUUGACGAAGUAGAGAGCUUAACUCGUGCUCGAGAUGCUGUGUUAUCUGGUACAGAACCAUCAGACUCUAUAAGAGUUGUAAAUGCCGUACUCACACAACUUGAUAAUUUAAGAAAGUAUCCAAAUGUUAUAUUUUUAACGACAUCAAAUGUGACAGAAGCCAUCGAUACUGCAUUUACUGAUAGAGCUGACAUAAAAAUGCUCAUUAACCCUCCUCAAGAAUUGGCAAUUUACACUAUACUUAAAGCAGCUAUUGAAGAACUUAUUAAAGUGAAACUGAUUAUAAAUGCAGAAGAACAUGACAAAUUUGAUCGUCUACCUAAUAUUAAUGCUGAACAAAAAGAAGUACUCAAUACAACGCAAAAACUACAUCUAAUUUCCAAAGAAUGUGUUGGUUUGAGUGGGCGUGUUCUAAAAAAAAUUACUUUUAUAGCACAUUCCAUAUACAUACGUCAACCACAAUGUGAUGGUGUUCAUCAGUUUUUGGUGGCCUUACAUAAAGCGGUGAAGUAUCAAAAAACACAAGAUGCUGGCCUUACUAAAAUUAAAUAGUUUAAUAUGUUUUUAUAUUUAUUAUUGUAAAUUACAAAUAUGAUUUUAUAGUAAUUUGUAG